CUGUGGAGGAAGAAGGGGGGGUGCUCCAUGGACAGAUCACAUUAGUAUUCCCGUCCUAUCAAUGUGCGGGGCAGCGCACAACGUCAGGCGGACCGAUUCCCUGCGUCUGCCAGUCCCGCCACAGAUUCAUUUGGGAUCCUCAAACAGAUGAGCCCGUAGAGACGGGGGAUCAAGGCGGCCUAUUAGAGCCAAUUGCCUGCUUCGGGGACUGCCAGCCCUUCCAGGCCUGGCAACGCGGGAGGGUGGGGAAAGACGACGGAGCGCCGCUGCGGGAAGACACUGAAGCCAGAGCGACACUCAUCCCCCCCCCCCCCAACCUUACAGCGCAGGCUUUGAAAGCUGCUCCCCCAUCUGAAUGGAAACUCAGAACCGCCGGGCGGCGCGUUCCUUCUCGCCCAGCGUUGCGAUCCAUGCCGAGGGGCAGGUAGUGCGAGCCCGCGCCAGCGCCCAGCUCCCGGGACAGGGCCGGCAAUGCUGCUGAGCAGAACUUGACCGAGCCCCUUCCUCGCUGCUAGUGGAAGCGAUGCUGCACGGCACAGCCAGCGCUUCCCAGGCUCUCCUUCAAGCUGAAGGUUACCCACCCGCGCAGCCAGCCCCAGCCCUGUGAGCGCCGCGCCUCGGUUCCCGGCUCCGGCUGCUUGGCGGCACGCAGGGCAACGACCGGGCCGCCCGCGCCGGGGCGCACUGCACCAGCGGCUUCGGCUUGGUGGAUGUGUAUGCAUGAGUUCUGCACCGAAUGGGCGCAAAAAGCGCCCCAGCCGGUCCACCCGCUCCUCGAUCUUCCAGAUCAGCAAGCCCCCGCUGCAGAGCGGGGAGUGGGAGCGCAGGGGCAGCAGCUCCGAGAGCGCCCACAAAACCCAACGAGCCCUGGACGACUGCAAGAUGCUUGUCCAAGAGUUCAACACUCAAGUGGCCCUGUACCGAGAGAUGGUCAUUUCUAUCGGGGAUGUCUCUGUCAGCUGCCCCUCACUCCGGGCGGAAAUGCACAAGACCAGAACCAAAGGCUGUGAAAUGGCCCGCCAGGCACACCAAAAACUUGCUGCCAUCUCAGGCCCGGAAGAUGGUGAGAUCCAUCCAGAAAUCUGUCGGCUUUAUAUCCAGCUGCAGUGUUGCUUAGAAAUGUACACAACAGAGAUGCUCAAAUCCAUAUGUCUGCUGGGGUCUCUUCAGUUUCAUCGAAAAGGAAAGGAGCCUGGUGGGGGAACCAAGAGUUUGGACUGCAAAAUUGAGGAGAGUACUGAAACACCUGCUCUAGAGGACUCCUCAUCAUCCCCUGUAGAUAUUCAGCAACAUUCCUGGCAGGUUUCCACAGACAUUGAGAACACUGAAAGAGACAUGCGAGAAAUGAAAAACCUUUUAAGCAAACUCAGGGAAACUAUGCCUUUACCAUUGAAAAAUCAAGAUGACAGCAGCCUUCUAAAUCUAACUCCCUACCCCCUGGUUAGAAGACGGAAGAGAAGGUUCUUUGGGCUGUGUUGUCUUGUCUCAAGCUAGGCAACUCCUCCUGGAAACCCACCAAUGCGAAGACCUGAAAAUAUCACAGAACCUGAGGACCUCCAGACAGCUGAACCACAAUUAUUGGUUUUUGACUAUGUUUUCUAUGCUUCCUUAUUACUUUUAUUCGCCUCCCUCUACCCUUUUAAAUGAUUUUACAUGUGAAAGCAGCUGCUGUCAAGGGGGGUAAAAAAGAUUCAAAAAGCAGGCUGUUUUUAAAAGGAUUUUUAAAGCUGACAUUGUGCAUGUCUGCUCCAAACCAUACCAUGACAGAUGCGAGAAUUAUGGUUUUUAAAUUAUUUAAAGGUUUUUUUUAAAUGUAUCAUACAGAGAAAAAUUAUUUCAUGUAUAAUAGUAUAUCUUUAGCUCUUGCUGAUCUCAUGUUAACAAGUUAUCAUAUAUGAAAGUCUUUAAACAUAGAAAUCUCUCUAAAACUGCAAAACUGUGUUCAAAAAUCCAAUCUAUCAAUAUUAUUAGAGAUAAUAUUAUAAUCAAACAUAUACCACCUCACCUAUUGCUUUGUCUGUGCUCAUUCACAUCUAGUCUUCCAUUCUGUCGGAAUCCAAGAGCUUCUACAUAAAAACAUCUUAAUUUAUAAUGCAACAAAAACCAUAUAUGGAAAGUAUUUAAAUUUUGUAAAUACACAAUUAUCCUAAUACCUUCGUACAAUGCAUAUGGGCAACUAAUUUCCUUUUGAUCCAAUGGUGUCUUUUUCAGCUUCUUGGAGAAUGAAGUAAUCCAGUUAGAAAAUGGUGUAGUAACAUAUACAAUUACCCUCAAAUGUAAAAUUGAGUAUUAUCACAUUUUGUUCUAAUUGAAAUCUGAAGCAUGAUGUCUGCACAGCAGCAUAGUGUUAAAUCUUAUAGGGCAUGCCGGAAUUAGCUCAGAUCGUAAAAAUAUUUAACAUUUUCUGUUAAUAAAAUCUUUUUAGUUAAGCUAA